AUGGCAAUCUCGUCGAUAAGUGGCCUAUCUCUCACCCAGGCGGUUCUGCUGUCGCUGGGCGUGCUUCUCACGUCCAUAGUUGGGACUGCAAUUUAUCGAAUUUAUUUUCAUCCACUCUCCAAAUAUCCUGGGCCCAAACUAGCUGCUGCAACACGUUUGUGGUGGACAUGGCACCAGCUAGGUGGGAAAUUCCCGUUGACCGUGCAUGAACUCCAUCUUCAAUAUGGGGAGAUUGUCCGAAUUGCACCCACCGAGCUAUCCUUCACCGGAGCUGAGGCCUGGAAGGAGAUCUAUGGAUUCCGCACUGGUCAGCCAGAGAACCGUAAGGAUCCAGGCGAAAACACGGACGCUAAUAAAGAUCACCCAACGAUUAUCAAUGCUGAUCGCAAGACUCACGGUGAUUUGCGCAAGUUGCUAUCAAAUGCCUUUUCGGAUAAGGUGCUAAAGGGCCAGGAACCGGUACUUCUGCACUAUAUUGAUCUUCUCGUCGGUCGAUUGCACGAGGUGGCGGAGAAAGGCGAGCCUGUUGAUAUUGUGAAAUGGUUUAACUACGUUACGUUUGACAUUAUUGGACAUUUGGCGUUCUAUGAGCCCUUUGACUGUCUCAAAAAUACCGAGUACCACCCGUGGAUGUCCAUGAUUUUCAAUGCUAUCAUGUAUGUACACUGGAUCCGGACCAUCCAACGUUUUAUCGACGUGCGUUCCAUAAUUCUGGCCAUCAUGCCAAAACGCAUCGUCGAGAGGCGCAAAUGGCACAUCGGCCUUGUCGAAGAAAAAGUGAAGCGUCGCAAAACGCAGAACCCUGAUUACAUAGACUUUAUGAGCCACUUAAUCCAAGCCGAGGAGAAGGGCCACCUAACGAUGCCCGACCUCGUGGCCAAUGCCAACCUCAUGGUUAUCGCUGGUAGCGAGACCACGGCAACAAUUCUAUCCGGCACAAUUUAUUAUCUAUGCACAAACCCUCAUGUGAUGGAGAAGUUGUUCGAGGAAGUCCGCACCUCGUUUACUGCAAGCGAUGAGAUUAACAUUGCGCGAAUCAGUAAGCUGAAAUACAUCAACGCGGUCAUUGAUGAAUCCUUUCGUCUCUAUCCGCCCGCCGCAGGAAGUCACCCUCGUAUUACGCCGCCCGAGGGGGCUUAUGUUAUGGGCCAAUGGCUGCCGGGCAAUACAGCAAUGGGCAUGGCGCAAUACGCCGUCUUCCGCUCUCCUGCCAACUUCAAAGAUCCCGAGCUCUAUCUCCCUGAGCGGUGGUUGGAUGAUGAAGGGCCCUAUGCCCAGGAUAAGCGUGAAGCUCUCCAGCCCUUUUCCUUUGGGCCCCGCAAUUGUAUUGGAAGAAAUCUUGCUAAUAUUGAGCUGAGAUUGAUCCUCGCGAAGAUGCUCUGGCAUUUUAAUAUAGAGCUGGAACCCGAGUGUCGCAACUGGCCUAAGGAUCAAUACAUCUACACGACUUGGGAAAAAGUGCCUCUGAAAGUCCGGAUUACGGCACGGAGUGACAUUGGCAAGCGGGAAGUUUAA